AUGGCCCGUCGACCACCCAAGGGAGGGUCACGAAGGUACGUAAGAGCCGCUCACACCCUCCAAUGGGCACGAACGUCGCCUCACGCCACCAUCUUCAAUUCCCCCUCCCGUCGUCCUCGCUUUCCCCUCGCAACGCCUCCACUUCAUCCUCCCGUCGCCCCCACUUUCCUUUCCCGUCGCCUUCAAUCACACCUGCCCGUCGCCUCCACUUCCCCCUCCCGUCGCCUCCACUUCCCCCUCCCGUCGCCUACACUUCCCCCUCCCGUCGCCUACACUUGCCCCUCCCGUCGCCUCCACUUCCCCCUCCCGUCGCCUCCGCUUCCCCCUCCCGUCGCCUCCACUUCCCCCUCCCGUCGCCCCCACUAUCCCUCCCGUCGCCUCCACUUCCCCCUCCACUCGCCUCCACUACCCCCUCCCGUCGCCUCCACUUCCCCCUCCCGUCGCCCCCACUAUCCCUUCCCGUCGCCUCCACUUCCCCCUCCUCUCGCCUCCACUUCCCCCUCCCGUCGCCUCCACUUCCCCCUCCCGUCGCCUCCACUUCCCCCUCCCGUCGCCCCCACUAUCCCUUCCCGUCGCCUCCGCUUCCCCCUCCCGUCGCCUCCACUUCCCCCUCCCGUCGCCUCCGCUUCCCCCUCCCGUCGCCUCCACUUCCCCCUCCACUCGCCUCCACUUCCCCCUCCCGUCGCCUCCACUUCCCCCUCCCGUCGCCCCCACUAUCCCUUCCCGUCGCCUCCACUUCCCCCUCCUCUCGCCUCCACUUCCCCCUCCUCUCGCCUCCACUUCCCCCUCCCGUCGCCUCCACUUCCCCCUCCCGUCGCCUCCACUGCCCCCUCCCCGAAAGGUGAGUUUAACGUCGUUCUUGCGAGGGUGGGCCGUCGCCAACCCUUUCCCUUCCCGUGGCCAGAACUCCCCCCUCCACUCUCCAUACCGCGUCCACUUUCCAUACCUGCAUCCACUUUCCAUACCUGCAUCCACUUUCCAUACCUGCCUUCACUUCCUGCUCACUCUCUUCGCCCCACUUUCCCCCACUCUCGCCCGUUUUCACUCUUAUCGCUCUCUUUCCCCCUCUGCUCAAUCCUCUUUUCCCGGCUCACUCCCACGCCCACUCUCUCCAACCCUACCCACUCUCACCCGCCCUGCCCACUCUCUUCCCCCAUGCCCACUCUCUUCCCCCAUGCCCACUCGCUUCCCCCAUGCUCACUCUCUCCCCCGUCCAAUCCCGCACUACCCCCCGUCCAACGCCCCACUUCCCCUUGCUACCCCUGUCAUCCACCCAUCCCCUUGCUACCCCUGUCAUCCACCCAUCCCCUUGCUACCCCUGUCAUCCACCCAUCCCCUUGCUACCCCUGUCAUCCACCCAUCCCCUUGCUACCCCUGUCAUCCACCCAUCCCCUUGCUACCCCUGUCAUCCACCCAUCCCCUUGCUACCCCUGUCAUCCUCCCAUCCCCUUGCUACCCCUGUCAUCCUCCCAUGCCCUUGCUACCCCUGUCAUCCACCCAUCCCCUUGCUACCCCUGUCAUCCUCCCAUCCCCUUGCUACCCCUGUCAUCCUCCCAUCCCCUUGCUACCCCUGUCAUCCUCCCAUCCCCUUGCUACCCCUGUCAUCCUCUCUUCCACACCCUGCUCACCCCAUAUCAUCCUAAAUUGGCAGGAAGACAAAGGAUUCAACUGCAAAUGAAGCCAAUCCAGUUGCUGGGCUUAGUGCCGAGCAUGACAAGGCCACUCACGGAAGGCUGCAGGAAGAUAGGGAAUGAGGUAACUGGGCAGAUGGGGAAAGAGAUAACUGGGCAGACAGGGAAUGAGAUAACUGGGCAGAUGGGGAUAGAGAUAACUCAGCAGAUGGGGAAAGAGAUAACUGGGCAGACGGGGAAAGAGAUAACUAGGCAGAUGGGGAAUGAGAUAACUGGGCAGAUGGGGAAUGAUAUAACCCGGGCGAUGGGGAAUGAGAUAACUGGGCUUCACGUCCAUGAGUGCUCCCACAGCAGCCAACCCAUCCACUCCGGGCCACUCCCCCACCAUCACCCCCUCACACUCCCUCACUCUCCCUCCCUCUUUCCCUACCCCACCCCCUCCUCUCCAUCGUCUUCGCUUCCUCCUCCUUUCCUGCAACCCCCUACCGCUUACCCCACCGUCCAUCGCCUUGCCACCCGCUCUCCUCCUCCCUCCUCUCACUGCAUGAUCCUUACCCACUCUAUUUCCCGCCCUUCUCACUCCCCCCACCCGUCGCGAUCACUAAGGCAGCAUGACGCACAGACAGCACCAGGGCACCCGUCACAACCAGCCCCAGCAGGACCAGCGCGAACAGCACCACCCACCGCCGCACUCGCUUCCGCCUUCCCUCCACCACCGCCCCUCUCCCUCCCCUGA